CAGCUGCCCACCACCGCCACCACCGCUGCCCACCACCGCUGCCCACCACCGCUGCCCACCACCGCUGCCCACCGCUCCUCGAGGCGUCCCUGCUCUGCAGCCACCAGUGACGAGGGUCCCUCAGCCCCUGGCCCCGCACCAGGCAGCACCGGAGGGCUCGGCAGAGCCCGGUCCGGUCCCGGGCUCGUCCCGGGCCGCCCCGUCGAGGGGGCACCGGCUCGGGGCGGCCCCGGGCCCCGCCGCUCCGCCGCUGACCGCGCCCCCAGACCCCCGCCGAGGAUGAGGAGCCGCCCGGUGCUGGCGGUGCUGCUCGUCCUGGCGCUGCCGCUCGCCCUCGCCCGCCGCCCCCCCGCCGCCGCCCCGCAGGACCCCGCGCCCCCCGCCCAGGGGAUGCUCGUCCCGGAGCCGCUGCGCUGGAGCGCCCGGGGCAGCCCCGGGGCCGCCGCUGCCGCCGCCGCGCUGGAGCUGCUGCGGGAGCAGGGCGCCGGUCCCCCCGCGGCGCAGCAGAAGCGUAAGUCCCACCCGGUGCCGGUGACGGUGCCGGGGCCGCCGCCGGGGCCGGGGCCGCUGACGGCCGGUCUCUCCGCAGGGGACAUGCACGAUUUCUUCGUGGGGCUCAUGGGGAAGCGGGCGGCGGAGCCCGGGCGAGCGGCGGGGCGGGGGGAGGGCGGCCCGGCCCCCCGCUGCUCUCCGGGGACCCCCGCGCCCGGCCAGGCCCCGCUGCGAGCCCUUUGAGCCGCGGGACGAGCCCCCCACGCCCGGGGGCCGCGGGACCGGCAGCGGGGGCGUCCCGGGCGCCGCCGCCCGCGGAGCCGUCGUGGGACCCCGCCGGGAGCGCGGCCGUCCCGCCCCGCGCGCGUGUCCGCGCGUCCGCGCACCCGUGUACACCCGCAUCGCCCCGCUAAACACCCACCCGUGACUGCGCGGGACACGCGCAAA